GAAGGCAUUUGUUUGCAAAGAGGCAACGCAUCAGAAGGACGUGUGGUCACUGUCAGGCAUCGGGGUAUAAAAGGUCUUCCCACCUUCGGCCUGGCAUCAGUCGCCCUCAAGACUCCAAACCCACAUCACCAUGAAGGUCGUGUUCCUGUUCGCUCUGGUGGCUGUGGCUGCUGCCAUGCCCACUGCUGACCCCGAGGCUGACCCUCAGCUUCUCCUGACCUCCCCCCUGACCUACACUUACCCCUUGGUCAAGCCCCUGGAGGUCAAAACCAAGAGCGUCCCUCUCGUCUACUCCUCUGGCCUCCCCCUGUCCUACUCCUUCGGAACCUACCCCUACGCAGCCUACCCCUACAACUACUUCCCCUACUCCUACCCCCUGGUGGUCAAGGCUGCCGAACCCGCAGCAGCUGAGCCAGCUGUCGAGGAGGCUUAAGAAGGACCUGCUGCUGCUCUCAGACCUCCAAUAUGCUGCCGAAGGACUCCAACGCCUCUCAGUCCUUUGUGGUUCCCCUGAAGAGGAGUCUCACAGGAUAUCUUGGGAAGAAAGUCCUGCCAUUUCAGAAAGCAAAUGAAGGUCAGAGUUUGUUGAGAAUUCUUUCCCUAGGGAGGAGUUCCAAUAAUGUCUCCUUCGAAGUCUUCGUUGGCAGGACUCGAUUUCUGGAAGGAUUCUAGCCAUCGGCAGCAUUGUUGGAACCUUUGUGGUGACGUCAUCGUGGCUUCUGUUUCUGAUGUCUUCGACUUCUAUGUUUCAUUCCAGUUUCAUUUUUAGUUUCAUUAAAAAUGUUUUUGAAAUUUUGUGCUAAUUCUGUCUUAUUAGUGGGGCGUAAAUUGUGCAGCUUUUUCACAUUAGCGUCUACUGAAAGGCAUACGUUGAUUCAUGAUUUCUUUAUUGAUUAAAAUGAAACGAAAAUGCA